GUCCUCUGCAGGCUCCAUCCAGAGAAGCAUGGGCAGAAAAUAGUGCUACAAGGAGAUAAUCUUGCGUUAGAAUAGUGUAAAAAUGGUUGCCAUUUCAUUUACAAGGUUACUUGUGCUUACGCUGAGCUUGACAGGUCUCGCAAAGUCCCAAGUCGAUGAGGAAGAGGAGUACGAAGAUGGCCCGUGUGGGCGUUGGCGACCAGGUGACGUUGAUCUGCGAUCGUUCGAUCUGAUCCGUGAGUUCCGGCUAGACCAGUUCGAAGCGAGCAGCAAACACAUCCACCAGCUGCGGGGAACUAACGAGUACCAGACGGCGUACCGGUUCGAGAAGGAAGCCAACCUGACGAUGCGUUCGAUCGAGGCGUUCCCGCUUGGGCUUCCGCAUCAGUUCUCGUUCGAGUGCACCUAUCGGAUCGAGGAUGCUAGCGAGUCGUCCUGGCAUUUGUUCGAGGUGACGAACGAAGUACAGGAGAGUCAGCUCGCCAUCACGCUCAACCCAGACCGGCAGAUGCUGCAGAUUGGGUUGCCAGCAACGGAUGGCGAACAGCAGGUCGUCGAGUACCAUCACACUCCGCUGUUCGAUCAAAACUGGCACAAGAUCAUGCUCGGUGUGACGGAUGACUAUCUGAAUCUGUGGGUUGAUUGUCGGCCUGUGCGCGAUACCACCGGCAAUCUGAACGUUCCGCUUGAGCCACGUGAGCGAUUUGACAUUGCGGAUGGGUUCGUGUCGAUCUCACGCAUCGCCGAAACGUCCGUCUUCGAACCGGAAUCGCCGGUCGUGGAUCUACAGUGGAUGGUGAUGAAUUGCGACCCGACCCGACCGGCACGGGGCAACUGCGACGAGCUGCCCGUGUACGAUGUGGCGUCCUUAACCGCGAACCUUCCGGAAGGACCCACACCACGGCCGAAUUGUAACGCAGUUUGUCCGCCAGGAUACAACGGAACGGAUGGACCACCGGGUCCUGCGGGUCCUCCCGGCUUGCCAGGACUAAAAGGCGAAGUUGGCGCAUUCGGCAGACGGGGACCUCCAGGACCUCGCGGACUUGAAGGACCACCGGGUGUUUCGGGAAGUGGGCAGAAGGGUGAAAAGGGUGAAGCUGGAGUUGGUGUCGCUGGUCCGAGAGGUCAAAAAGGUGAGCCGGGAAUGGCGUCAGCGGCUGGAUCGGCUGUUGUGGGACCUAUCGGGCCAAGGGGCUUACCAGGCACGCCAGGACCUCCUGGUGUGGGAAUGAGAGGCGAAAAAGGGAACGCAGGGGCACCCGGGAGAGACGGACAGUCCAUGACGGGACCGCGAGGACUGAUUGGUCCACCGGGAGCAGCUGGACUACCGGGCGCUGAUGGUCUUCCAGGAACAGCUGGUCAGAAGGGUGAACGUGGCGCAUCGGGUCCGAGAGGGGAAGAUGGAGUCGGAUACCCGGGUGAACCAGGACCACGGGGUCCAAAAGGUGAACCAGGAAGUGCAAGGGCUGGCGCAGGAGCUAUUGGACCUCCGGGACUACCGGGCGAGCGUGGUUCCGAUGGGACAAAAGGUGAAAAGGGUGAAUCCGGUACGCCAGGACUUCCCGGGUUGAAGGGUCAACAAGGAGUUGCCGGUCUUCCUGGAGCUCCCGGACUUCCCGGACCACCCGGCGUUGGUGGCUCAGGAGGUGAUGGCAGCUCUGGUGGAGGACGGUACUUCGAGAACUUCAUGUCUUACGGCCAUCGUGGUCCGGUCGGGUACACGGGUCUACCCGGUGAGCGCGGUGCCGGUGGUUUACGUGGACCGGAAGGUGCCCCAGGAGUACCCGGUCCUUCCGGUAUCGACGGAGCACCCGGGCUGCAGGGACUUCCGGGACUUCCGGGUCGAGAAGGGCCACCAGGAGCACCUGGAGUGCCCGGUCGGAGUUACACCGAGGCGGAAGUGAGCGACAUCUGCCGGGCGGUGCUGCGAGAUCACAUUGCCGAGCUGACGGCGGGUCUAAUAGGGCCUCCUGGACCACCGGGAGAGUCUCGUUCCGGUAGACCCGGAACGCCUGGUCGUCCUGGCGAGAAGGGUGAACGUGGGUACCAAGGAUUCCCGGGCGAUCGGGGUAUUCCAGGUGAACCGGGUGCUCCUGGUAGUGCGGGACCACCGGGUGAGCGUGGGGAAUCGGGACUGCCGGGUGAAAAUGGACGCGAUGGGGUCGGUAUUGUGGGCCCGCAAGGAGCAAUUGGUCCUCCAGGACCUCCAGGAGAUUCCGUCGUAGGUUCUCCGGGACGGGCCGGUGAGCGAGGUGAACCGGGCAAAGCAGGUCAUCCUGGUGUUCGUGGAGCUCCGGGCGUUCCUGGCGCGUGCCCGAACGAUUGCUACAUGGCGGCGGCGGCUGCAGCUCAGAAUUUCCGCGCAAACCAACAAACCAAAGGACCCAACUACUAACUUCCGCG